AUGCGACCGGUUCGCGGAGCAGCCCGCGCGGGCCGUCGCCGCCGCCGCCGCGCCACCGCCGCCACCGCCGACUACAUCAUACAGGAUGUAUCGGACCCGAUGAUCCUGCAGCCCGCGUCGCUGGACACGGUGACGCUGCGCCAGGCCGGCAAGCCGCUCGGGUUCGACGUCGUGCCCUCCUUCUGCGGACACCACCAGCUCGCAGACAUACGGUUCGGCUCGCCCGCGCACGCCUCGGGGGCCGUGCACAACGGGGACGAGAUAGUCCAGGUGGGCGCGGCGGUGGUGGUGGGGUGGAGCGGCGCGGCCGUGCUGCGCCAGUGUGCGCGCGCGGGGGCCCUCCUGGCGCUGCGGCUGCGGCGCCGCGCCGCGCUGCAGGCCGCGCUGGGGCCCGCCAUGCGGCCCGCGCUGGCGGCGCGCCGACUGCUGCGGCCCGCGCCCGCGCCGCCGGCCCCGGCGCCCGCGCCCUCGUCGUCCGACGAGAGCGAGGCGCUGUCGCCGCCCGCGUCGCCCACGGCGCUGCAGACGGAGCACCCGCGAAUGUAUCCUCCCAAACCGAGAGCUGUAGUUCAGAGACGGCAUACGAUCAGUGGCGACAGUUCAUUAUACAAACGACCGAGUCAUACUAUCGAACAGUUCUGGCAAGAGCUGAAGCAGCAGAGGUGGGGCCGCGAAGGAGGCAGUAUCAGUAUGUCGCCUGCACCCGACGAGGCCGCCCUCUACGCGAGGGACAAGGCGGUGUCGUGCAGUACAGGGCUGGAGCUGUCGCCCCGGCCCCGCACGUGUCUGGGGGUAGUCCUGGACCGAGCGCGGCCCCCGCACGGGCCCCCGCCCGUACCUUCGGGGCCUGGCUUGGCGCCCCAGGGGCCCGGCCUGGCGCCUUCUGGCCCGCAGCCUUCCGACGAGUCCGCGGUGUCGGACCGCAAUCGUGGUAAGCUGGACAAGAGUCACUCGACUCCUGCCUACGACUUCGAUGCCAGUCUGGACGAGCCCGGCCCCCUAGCCGCGCAGACUAUUCCGGAAUCCCCCACUACACCCACGGACAGUCCACUGGCUCUACACGCGACCGACAAAGCGGACCGUAUCCUUGACUUUAAGAAAUCAAGUUCUCAAAUCGGCGAGGCGAUACAACGUGGAAGACGCAGUAAUGCUGAUGAAAGAUCAGUACCAGCGGAACCUGACCCACACGCUGAAGACGACAUGUUUGCGGGCGACCGCGACGAGGCCGCCACGGAGCGGAUACUGGAGACCAUCAACAUCGCCAUGAUGGAGCAUCGCCGCCGCACUGAGCGGGCCGGCACUGAGACCGACUCGUACAGGCCUCAGCCAGCGCCGCGCCCCGCGCCCCCGCCGCGCCCAGCCGCGCUAGGGGCGGCCGGGGGCGCGGGGGCGAAGCCCGGGGGCCGCGCCCCCCCCCAGUUCCCCGUACUGCGCGCCGUCCCGCGGCCGGAGGACCCCCCUACGUCACCCCUGAAGCCCAUCAGACCCGUCGACGCUACACAUAUUUCAGUACCUCUUCGUCAUAUAACGAAGCACGACAUUCGAAUAAUACCGAGUGAGCGUCAUGAGAUGCCAGCCAUUAAUAGUCCCGUCAGCGAGCCCGUGGCAAUGGGCCUGGGCAGCCCAGGCGCGGGCCCCGCCGGGUCCCUACGGCGGCGCUCGCCCGGGCCCCCGGGCGCCGGCACCGGGGACAUCGUGAUGGGGGCCCACGUCAACACAGACUCGUCCUCCGGGAAAGGUCACGCCUUGUCACCUACCAGUGCAGUCCGCGGUAUCUUCCCCAACUCCAAGUCCAGGAGUUUGAAGAAGAAGAGUUCUAUUCUCGCCAGUGAGUAUAGUAUUUGGUCUACCAUGGUGGCGGGGUGUAUGUAA